AGUAUAAUAGUCCGUACUCCGUACGGAAUUUAUCAUAAGCACACGUGUUUCUUCCUUUUCCGGUCGCCAUUAUUUGCGAGUAUCAGGUCGAAAACUUAAAAACCACAACAUGCAGAACGAAACAGGAGAGUUUGUGGACAUGUAUGUCCCAAGAAAAUGCUCUGCAAGCAACAGAAUUAUUGCUGCAAAGGACCAUGCCUCAAUUCAAGUUAACUUUGCUGAUGUUGAUGAGACAACUGGCAGAAUGACUGGUACAUAUAAAACUUACGCUGUCUGUGGACCAAUCAGAAGAAUGGGUGAAUCUGAUGAUUGUCUGAUCAGAUUAGCAAAAAGAGAUGGAAUCAUAGCCAAAAACUUCUAGAAAUGAAGAACGGCUGUUGUAAUUCUAUGUAAAAAGAAAAAAAAUAAAGAGAAAAAAAUCAUGAA